AAGAGGAAAGGAAGGAAAAAGAAGAGUUAGGGAAGGGAAUUGGGAAAGGAAAGGAAGGAAAGGUGGCGGCGGCACAGAAAGAGAGAGGAGAGGGGAAACGAAAACCAUGAGGCAUGAGGCAUGAGGCAUGAGGCAUGAGGCAUGAGGCAUGAGCAGUAGCAGUAGUGUAGUAAUAGGCAUCUGAUCGAAGGGCUGAAAGGAAAUCUAGGAAAGCAAUCGAACGGCGAGCGUUGGGAGAAGCAAAACGAAGCCACGAAUCCUUCAUCUCAUCAUCUUAUACCCUUCUUAACUCUCCAAUUCAGAUUCACCCUUUCUCACGCUCCUCUUCUCUUUUCCCUUUUUAGCUCUUUCUUUAUUUGGCCUCCACACUCGCGCAUCCAUUUAUAGAAAAGACAAACACACACACACACACACACACACCAAGCCACCCCAUUCGCUCACCGUCCAUUCAUUCCUUAAGAUGCAGCAAUCCAACGCCUCUGAUUCCUCGCAACCGCCGUCCGACCAGAACGGGCCGCCGCGCCACCAGCCGCCGCGCCCGCACCAGUGGCUGCCCAUGCAGUACCCCGCCGCCAUGGUAAUGCAGCACCACAUGCUGCCGCCUCAGCAUUACGCGCCGCCGCCCUACGUGCCUUUCCACCACCAGUACCCCCCGCACGUGCCGCACCAGCACCACCACCAGCACCAGCACCAGCACGUGCCCCACCACCACCACCAGAACGGAUCCGCCGCCGACAACAAAACCAUCUGGAUCGGCGAUUUGCAUCACUGGAUGGACGAAAACUAUCUCCAUCGCUGUUUCGCUUCCACCGGCGAGAUUUCUUCCAUCAAGGUUAUUCGCAAUAAGCAAACUGGUCUAUCAGAGGGUUAUGGAUUUGUGGAGUUCUAUUCACAUGCUACAGCUGAGAAAGUUUUGCAGAAUUAUGCCGGAAUUUUGAUGCCCAAUACAGAUCAACCAUUCCGUCUGAACUGGGCAACAUUUAGCACUGGAGACAAGGGUUCAGAUAAUGUUCCUGACCUUUCUAUUUUUGUAGGAGAUCUAGCUGCAGAUGUUACAGAUAGUUUGUUGCAUGAAACUUUUGCUAGUGUCUAUCCUUCUGUUAAAGCUGCAAAAGUUGUUUUUGAUGCCAAUACUGGCCGUUCAAAGGGCUAUGGUUUCGUCAGGUUUGGAGAUGACAAUGAAAGGUCUCAGGCCAUGACUCAGAUGAAUGGUGUUUACUGUUCUAGCAGGCCUAUGCGUAUUGGUGCUGCAACUCCAAGGAAAUCAUCUGGUCAUCAACAGGGAGGCCAGUCAAAUGGCACAUCUGGCCAAUCUGAAGCAGAUUCUACAAACACAACAAUAUUUGUUGGAGGACUCGACCCUAAUGUUUCAGAUGAAGAUCUUAGGCAGCCAUUCUCCCAGUAUGGUGAGAUAGUAUCUGUUAAGAUACCUGUUGGAAAGGGGUGUGGUUUUGUCCAAUUUGCAAACAGGAAUAAUGCUGAAGAGGCAUUGCAGAAGCUAAAUGGGACAACAAUUGGCAAGCAGACAGUCCGUCUUUCUUGGGGCCGUAAUCCAGCAAAUAAGCAGUUUAGAAUGGAUUUCGGCAACCCCUGGACUGGGGCAUAUUAUGGUGGCCCUAUAUAUGAUGGUUAUGGAUAUGCAUUGCCCCCUCGUCAUGAUCCCAGCAUAUAUGCUGCUGCUUAUGGGGCUUACCCCCUUUAUGGAGGCCACCAACAACAAGUAAGCUGAUGAAGUUCAGUACAGUGCAGUAGUAGCUUUUACAAGUUACACAGAAUCAAGCUUGAAUGUGCAAAUUAGCAUCUCUCUUUGUAACUUGUUUGAUCUGUUGAAUUCUUAAGAAUCCCUCCUAAUUGUGGAGCGGAGAUGAAUUUUGAUAGCCUGAGGUAGCAAUGUAGGGAUUCAAUUAAUCAUUUGUUUAGGCCUGUAGGAGUAAUGACUAAUGAGGACCUUAAACUUAUUAUAGGAAUAAUUGUCUUAAGUAUGACAGCGUGUGUGCUUGCGUGCAUUUUAUUUGAUUCCUGCAGUUGAUAUCGAAGCUUUGCCUUUGUUAGCUUUUAA